AUGUCUAGUUCUGAUACUACGCCGUUGCUCGGUAAUAAAAUCAAUGAAAAUCCAUAUCAUGGUACCGUCAGAGGUAUUAGCACAUCCAUAGAACAUAAUGAAGGUGGCAAUGGCAAUAUUAUGAAAUCAAAUUCAAUGUCAGCAUCACCAUCAUCAAAUUCAAUAAAUAGUAAGAUAACAACCACAUCCGCAAGAAAUAAAUUGAAAACCAAUGUUAAUAGCAAGAUAGGUUUACAAAGAACAACCAGGACAACUCAAAAGAUGAAACUUUUGCCGGAAGAUCCCCCUAGUUUAGCUCAAUCCAAAAAAGAUAGUAAUGGAGUUUAUUCUCAAGUAACUAAAAUUACCGAUGCACCAGCUAGAAAAGAUGCUGAAUCUUUAGGUAAAGUUCAUAGAGAUUUGUUACCUCGAGUGACCGCAUAUUGUACAUGUGGGUCAUAUAAGAUGAAAGAAUUAUUAAGGUGGUUAAGGGAUAGGAAAAGGAUUCACAACACUAGUGUUAAAUUGUUUGACGAAGUUUUAUAUACACCUUUUACCUACAAAGAUUGGAGAAGUGAUAAUGGCCACGAUGAUGAUGAGAAUUUCAAUUUGAAUGGGAAUAAUGAUGAGCAUAAAGUAAUAAGAUUAGCAGAUGAUGGAGGUGAAAUUGAUUUCGGUAAAAGAAAUGAAUUAUUCAUAUUUGAAUAUGGAGUUAUUGUCAUGUGGGGGUACACUAUUAAAGAGGAACAAGCAUUCUUAAUUGAUUUAUCCAAUUUCGAAAAUGAAAAGUUAAGUAAUGAAGAUAUACAAAUUGAAGAAUUCAAUUAUUAUAUAACGAAAUCUUAUCAACCAAGAAUUUAUAAUGAUUUCAUUACAUUAAGUGAUGAUUCAAAUUAUAUGUUGAAAUUAUCUAUUAGUCAUGCUGUUGGGCAAUCGGUUAAAAUAUCCUUAUUCGAAGAGUUGGUUAACAAUACCAUUGAAGAUACUCAAGAUAUACCCCAACAAAUUGCCAAUACGGGUAAAGUUGAAAUGAAUAGAAAUGAAAUUAUGAAGAGUAUAGGAGAAUUGUUUAUCUUAAGAAUCAACAUCAAUUUACAUGGAUCAGUUUUAGAUUCUCCCGAACUAAUGUGGGUUGAACCUCAACUCGAGCCUAUCUAUCAAGCUACAAGAGGUUAUCUAGAGAUCAAUCAAAGAGUUGAACUUCUCAAUCAAAGACUAGAAGUCAUUAGUGAUUUAUUGUCAAUGUUAAAAGAACAAUUGGGUCACAGUCAUGAGGAGAAUCUCGAGUAUAUUGUUAUUAUAUUGGUUGUUAUUGAAGUUGUUGUUAGUAUCAUCAACAUCAUUAUUGAUUUAUUUACGUUUUAA